CCGAGCCGAAGUGAGCGGCGCGACCAUUCGUACGCAACACGCGACUGAUGCGACGUCGGUUGCGCGGGCGGUACGCGUUGGUUUCUUCUCACGCGAGUGCAAAACGCUUGCCGCUCAAGAAACGAUCGUUGCUCGCGAUCAAACGCGCUUGCAUUUUGUCAAAAUGUGAUCGGAUGAUUUUAACGCUUUUUUUCUUCUCAAAACACUUGCUCUCUCUUGGCCGGAGGUGAAGGGAAGGAGCACCGGCGAGUUUUGUACUUCACGAGGAUUCAUGCCGACGUUGAACAUGACACUUCCGUAAGGAAAUCUAAAGAUUCCGAUGGAGAACCAGGGUUAUGAGGAGGAUCAGUCGCGCGCAGCACAAGAGCAGUCCACCCUUGAGUCUCGCCGCCGCGAUCAGCAACUUUGCACGGACACAAUCGAUGUGAUCGAUAAUCCCGUUGUCGCGAGGGCCACGUCGCAUCCUGAAAGCAACCUGUACGAGGACAUCGCGAUCGGUGCAGAAACCAACACUUCCGAGCUUUCCAAACGGACCUCUUACCCUGACGAGUCUCGAAAUUUGUCCGAGACUGGAGGUCUCCUCGCUAGACAGGCUUGGAUUAACAGGCCCUCAUCUUCCACGAUCGACAGACCCUUUCAACAAAACUCGACAUUAUCCUCCAGAAUCAGUACGAAUCACGACAGCAUAAUCACUUUAUCCAGGACGAGUGAAGAUGAUGCUGAGAAAGUCUUUGAGAAAUCUCGCGAACUCCCUUCCCUCUCCGAGGACGUUUCAGAGAAUGUAUCCUUGUCUCUUCAAGCAAACGAAGACUCGCAAGAUGCCUCGAUGACGCAGUUCGAUCGCCGACCGAAUCGCAGACGUAGAAAGAAGGACUGUAAACAUUGCAGAAGCAAAUUAGCUGACGUGAGCUCCUGCGAGAAAUUUGACGAGUUGAUCGAUAGCAAGGACACGAUUCUGAAAGAGAACGGAGACAAUCAUCGAGAUAGGCAUCCAGACGCGUCCACUCUUCUGUUCCGAGAGUCACUUCUGAGGCCACAGAACAUCAAGGUCUAUCCGAUCGUGAGUAGGACGAGUCUUCGGGAUAUUGGCGCCAAGAGAAGUUCCUCGGCCGCGUUCCCUGCGUCCGAGUAUUGA